AUAAACGCGGUAAGAGAAAGUAAGGAUGCGUUACUGCCUAUAAAUCGGGCACUUUAAAGGCAUUUGUUUUAAUCACGACUUAAGACUUUCAACCACGAGUAAUUUCUGCGAAAGGAGCUUCUUCUGGGAGGAUACCUCGGCUUCGUCUUCAGGUUUCAAUCCCUAAAUUUCCCAUAAGUAAAAGAAACAUCACCUCCUCUCUUCCAAGAGUCCGCUGACACCUUAAGAGAAACCCGCAGGUGUUUCUCUUAAGACGUUAAACGCUUUCUAGAACCUCAAACCGCUAAGAUGCUCCCCGGACCCCAGGUUUUGCACCAGCGACGCUCCAGGGUGUGUUUUUCUACUUCCCUAGGCCCAAGCCUGCCCGCUGGCGUCGAAGCCAACUCCUUACUGGUUCAGGUAUGUGCUCGUCUCUAGAGCGAACCAAUCAGAGCCGCACUUCUUACUCCUGGGAUUUGGUAAACGGAAGAGACCUCUCCUGUUCCGGGAGUAGGCCGGGACCGUGGAUGAGUGACAGUUCGACUUUCCAAUAGGCAGAGCCCUAGGACCUGCCCACGUCUGGUUCAGGGGCUAGAAAAGAGCGUCGAUGCCGGCGGCAGUGAUGAGUCCUAGGAGGCGCUGGCUCUUUGGCGGCUCGGAGGAGCGGCUGCUGCUGCUGCUGCUGCUGGUGGCCCCUUUGCAGAAAAUUUAAAACUUCAUUGUGCGUCGCAUUAUAUCUUGAUUGGACACAACUGAUCUAAAGGAUGACUAGAGCUUAACCUAAAGCAGGGUGAGACUGAAGUGGCAAUGGAGAGAAGAGAUGAAGGAAAAGUUCUAAGAACAGUGCUGUUGGCUCAGUGAGAUGAGGUUAUCGGAAAACUUUCUGUUUACACAAGAGUUGCCUCCUUCAGAGAAGCAUGCAUGGUCCUUGCAGGUCACUGUGCCCAUCACUCUGCAUAGUCCAGCUGCACUCUGCUUCACACAGCUGCCUGCCCAUUGCAGGCAUUUGAGUUUGCAAUCCAUGCCUUAAACUUUAAAUCACACUGGCUACAGCGUUGUGUGUUUCUUGGUAAACACUGGGUAAAUCAGCUCCCGUGGAUGUUGACUGAAGUUUCUAUGUUGGCAAGCUAAUCCUCAGCAGUUUCUUUAUGUAUUGCUGUCCUUGAAUAUUAGCCCAUUCGAAAACGCCUGGGAAGUUCAGCCAUCAGUAUGUCCAAGUACAAACUUAUUAUGUUAAGACAUGGAGAGGGUGCUUGGAAUAAGGAGAACCGUUUUUGUAGCUGGGUGGAUCAGAAACUCAACAGCGAAGGAAUGGAGGAAGCUCGGAACUGUGGGAAGCAACUCAAAGCGUUAAACUUUGAGUUUGAUCUUGUAUUCACAUCUGUCCUUAAUCGGUCCAUUCACACAGCCUGGCUGAUCCUGGAAGAGCUAGGCCAGGAAUGGGUGCCUGUGGAAAGCUCCUGGCGUCUAAAUGAGCGUCACUAUGGGGCCUUGAUCGGUCUCAACAGGGAGCAAAUGGCUUUGAAUCAUGGUGAAGAACAAGUGAGGCUCUGGAGAAGAAGCUACAAUGUAACCCCGCCUCCCAUUGAGGAGUCUCAUCCUUACUACCACGAAAUCUACAACGACCGGAGGUAUAAAGUAUGCGAUGUGCCCUUGGAUCAACUGCCACGGUCGGAAAGCUUAAAGGAUGUUCUGGAGAGACUCCUUCCCUAUUGGAAUGAAAGGAUUGCUCCUGAAGUAUUACGUGGCAAAACCAUUCUGAUAUCUGCUCAUGGAAAUAGCAGUAGGGCACUCCUAAAACACCUGGAAGGUAUCUCAGAUGAAGACAUCAUCAACAUUACUCUUCCUACUGGAGUCCCCAUUCUUCUGGAAUUGGAUGAAAACCUGCGUGCUGUUGGGCCUCAUCAGUUCCUGGGUGACCAAGAGGCGAUCCAAGCAGCCAUUAAGAAAGUAGAAGAUCAAGGAAAAGUGAAACAAGCUAAAAAAUAGUCUUUCUCAACUGUUGGCUAAGAAGAAAUGCAAAAGAAGUGGCAUAGGAGUGUGUUAUGGGUGCUGAACUCUCUCUCUUUUUCCCCGAUUUCCCAGAGCUAGGCUGUGGAGUAGAGUUUGUAUAGGUAACUAGGUAACUUAUUGUGGCCCAGAUACGGCUUUAGGAUGCCUCAGUGUUUAUGUCAUAGCCUUAUGAGUUAGCUCUCUUGCUAGCCCCCUAGUCGGUCACCAAACUAGUAACUAGUGGGGCUUAAUGAAGGUCAUAAGUUUCUGAGAUGGGAGAGCAACAAGUAGAGAUGAAGUUAAAGGUAUGUAUCAUUCAAGAAAUCAUUAUUGAGUCACCAUUGACAGGCACUAUUCUAAUCAGUAGUUCACUUUAAUAUUUAAUAAGAUUUUCGGGGAUAACAGUAAGGGAUAUUAGAUAAUAUACCAUAUGUAUUUAUUACUAGUCUUUUCCUCUAGGAAAAGGGAUGCUUUGAUAAUUAAGGCCAGAGGCCCAUUAGUUGAGAAAGUCACAGAUAUAUUUCUCCAAGAAAGCCAACAACCACCACCACAAUGACAGAAAUGACAACAAGGCCCUUUAACUUGUCUUCUAGUUUAGAGACAUCCUUCAUUUGACAUUUAGUAGAAUUCCUCUUUGGCCACAAGAAUAAGCAGUAAAUAAACAACUAUGGCUGUUGAGGUUCUCAUUUUGGUUUGUUUUAAUUUUUUGAACUUUGGGUACCUGUAAUUAGUUUAAAAAUAAAGUUCCUGAUAAUAAAGUGACUGAAAAUGGCAUCCCCAAA